AUGUUGAAUGAUAUGAAUGACAAAAAAGAUGGUAUUAGAAACAGGAAUUAUAAAAAAAACAAAAAAGAUGAAGAAAGAAAUAUAAGAAAAUAUUCAAAUGAUAACAAUAAAGUUGUAAACAAUAUGAAAGACAUUUAUAAUAAUAAUAAUGAUAAUAAUAGUAUUAAUAAAAGUGUUAUAUAUUGUGGUAAUAAUUUAAAAAGAAAUGAAGAGAAAAAAAUAUUUGAAAGAAAUAAAUUUGGUCAAUUUAUAAAGAAAUCAAAUUCUCCAUCUUUAAAAGACACCAAUAUAAAAAGUAAUAAUAAUAAAAAUAUGAAAAAUACUAAUAAUAAUAAUGAGGAAAAUAAUAAUAAUAAUACUAAUAAUACUUUAAGUAAUAAAGAAAAAAUAAAAGUUCUUAUCGAUAAAAUGAAAAAAAUACAAAAUAAAAAAGAAGUUAAUAAAACGUUAGAUAAACCUAUGUAUAUACGAAAUUUUCAGGACGAAAAAAAAGUUUCUACUAAUAAUAAUGCCUACAAAUUAAAAAGAAAUGGGGAUCCAAGAAGUUAUGGAGAUAUCAAAAAUGGUGAUAAUUUAAAAAAUGGUGAUAAUUUAAAAAAUGGUGAUAAUUUAAAAAAUGGUGAUAAUUUAAAAAAUGGUGAUAAUUUAAAAAAUGGUGAUAAAAUAAAAAAUGGUGAUAAUUUAAAAAAUGGUGAUAAAAUAAAAAAUGGUGAUAAUUUAAACAAUAAUGGAGAUUCUAAAAAUACUAGAGAUGCGGAAAUUAUUGAAUGUCUUAAAAAUAAUAGGGAACCCAGAAGUAAUGUGGAAAAUGAAACUAAUGAAAUCCCCAAUAGUAAUGGGAAGCUUACAAAGAAUAGGGACUCGAAAAAUAAUGAGAAGCUUAAAAUGAAUGAUGAUUAUAGAAGAAAUAACGAUGGUAAUAUUAGUGAUUACAAUAAAAAUAAUACUGGAAAGAAAAAUAAUAAUAAUAAUAAUAAUAAUAAUAAUAAUAAUAAUAUGAACAGAAGUAAUAAUGUGGUGAGAAGUAGCGAGGACUCUAUUAGCUGUGAUACUAUAAAUAAAUCCGAUUGUAAGAAUAAGGUUGAGGAGAAUAGUUCAGCUAAUGCUAAUGAGAGUAAUAAGAAGGAAGAUGAAGGGGAUAAUAAUAAAAUGGAAGAUGGGUAUUUAAUAAAUAAGGAUAAAGAUGAGAAGGAAGGAGAAAAUUUAAGUGUACCUAAGGAAAGUAAUAAUGAGACUUAUUAUAGAAUUAGUCGAAGAGAGAGGUGUCGUAAUUUAAAGAAAGAAGAUAAUUUAAAAAUUAUAAAUGAUGAAUAUAAUAGUGUAAGUCAAUUUCUAAAAGAAGGACGGAAAAGAAGUGUACGAGAAAGAAGUAAUUUAAGAAAUUAUAAUUAUAUAAAUGUAAAUAAUAAUAUAAAGGAUGACGAUUUUGUGGAUGAGACUAAUAAUGGUAGUAGUAUAAUAAAAAUGAAUGAAGGGAAAAAAACAAUUUUGAGAACAGGUGUAAGACAUAGAAGAAGGAACCCAAGAAAAAGAGGAAGGAGAUGUUCCAGUGUAAGAAAUAAUAAAAAUAAUAUGAAUUCUGUGACAAGAAGUAAUUAUGAUAUGUCAGAAGGGGAUAAUUAUGAAAAAGGUCGAAAAUUUUUAUAUGAUAAUAGUAGUAAUUAUAAUGAGUUGGAUCCAUUAAAUAGUAAAUUCUCUAAUAUAAAAAUUUCAAAAAACUUUUUUCUUAAAAUGAAUGAUGAUGAAGAUGAAGAAGAUGAGGAUGGCGUUCGUGAUGAUGAUAAGACAAGUAAGAACAGUUCGUAUUCGUUUGGAUUCAACGAAAGAAAUAUAGAAAAGAAGAUAAUUAUAUUAGAGCAGAAGGAUGGAAUAUAUGAGAUAAAUGAGAAUUAUUUGAAGUAUGAAAAUAAGAAAGAUGAUGUUGAUGAAAAUAAGAAAGAUGAUGUUGAUGAAAAUAAGAAAGAUGAUGUUGAUGAAAAUAAAAAAGAUGAUGUUGAUGAAAAUAAAAAAGAUGAUGUUGAUGAAAAUAAGAAAGAUGAUGUUGAUGAAAAUAAGAAAGAUAAUAUUGAUGAAGACCUUGAGAAUAACGAAAGCUCUUGCAAGUGUUUGAAAUUAAAUGAUGUCACUAAUAAUAAUGAUAAUAAAAACAUAUGUAAUGAUAAUAAAAACAUAUGUGAUGAUAAUAAAAACAUAUGUGAUGAUAAUAAAAACAUAUGUGAUGAUAAUAAAAACAUAUGUGAUGAUAAUAAAAACAUAUGUGAUGAUAAUAAAAACAUAUGUGAUGAUAAUAAAAACAUAUGUGAUGAUAAUAAUAUUGGUAAUCAUAGUAAUGGUGAGAUGAAGGAAGUUAAUAUUAUGUAUCCUAUAAAUAAUGAGAUUAGUAUAAGAAAAAAGAGAAUAUUAAACAACGAUGAAAUAUUAAUAUUAAUAAAUUUAUUAAGAGAUGUUAAUAUAAAUAGAUUUAAUAUAAAACAUGUUAUGACAAGUAAAGAUUGUAUGUAUGAAAAAUUUAUGUUAUAUAAUUUAUUUUCUUAUAAUAUUACAUGUUUAAAAAGUUCUUUAAAGAUGAUGUAUGCAUAUUGUUUAUUUAAAAAUUUAAAAUUGUUUUAUCAAAUCCAAUAUAAAAAUAUGAAUAUGACAGAAAAGUCCAUACCUAAUUAUAAAAUAAAAAACAAUUUGUUAGAUACCCAUUGUAUUAUUUUAAGUAUGUUCGAAAAUUAUUAUGAGAAUGUUAGUAAACAAAAAAUAUCUAUCACUGAUUUUAUUAAUUCCUUUUAUUUAAAUAUACAUAAUAUAAACUUAGGUAAAAAGAAAGUCCAACCCAAUAAAAGUUAUGAGAAUAUCGUGUUACCAGAAAAAGACAACAGGAAAAUAACAUCAAUGUAUACAAAUAAAUCUCUUCUAUAUUCCAAUUAUAUGAAUAAGGACUUGGAUAUACAUAUGGACAACAAAUCAUACAAACUUAAUGAUAUUAACAUGGAAAACUAUCGAAGUGUAAAUAAAAAUAAUAAAUCUAAUAAGAUCUGUAAAAAGGAAUUAACCUCAUGUAUAAGUAACAUAUCUACUGUUCCAAAUAAUAAUAAAAAUGUUCAUACUAUUCAUAAAGAUGUAUAUAGGAAUAUAUAUACAGACCAAAAUGCAUAUCAUGUACAUAAUUAUAAGGAUAUCACAAAUCAACAUGAAAAAAAUUAUAUAAAAAAAAAAGAUAACAUAGAAAAUUCUAUCUAUGAUGAUAAUAAAAUGUAUCUUGGUGGUAAUGAAAAAACGCCAUGUGUAAAACAUAUACAUAUUAAUAAGAAUUAUGAACAGACAUAUGAUAAUUAUGAUGAUACAAAUGGAUAUAAUAAUGAUAAAAAGAAUGAUGAUAAUAAAAUGAAUGAUAAUAAUAAAAUAAAUGAGGAUAAUAAAAUAAAUGAGGAUAAUAAAAUAAAUGAUAAUAAUAAAAUAAAUGAUAAUAAUAAAAAAAAUGAGGAUAAUAAAAUAAAUGAGGAUAAUAAAAUAAAUGAUAAUAAUAAAAUAAAUGAUAAUAAUAAAAUAAAUGAUAAUAAUAAAAUAAAUGAUAAUAAUAAUAAUAAUAAUAAUAAGGAAGAAUAUAAUAACCCAAACCAUCUCUUUUUAAAUAACGAAAGUAGAAAAAGAAAAUAUUUUACAAAUAUAUUACCAUAUAAAAAUAAAAAGAAAAAACUACCAUACACAAUAAACCUAAAUAACGAUAAUAAAACGUAUCAUCAUGAAUCCAUAAAUAAUAAAAAUCAUAUGCUCUUAUGGGAUUACAAAGAAUUCGAAAAUAUAAAAAAUAUGAUCAAUGAUGAAAAAGAUGAGGAAGAUUGUACGCCUUUAGCACAUAGUAUAAAAAUUACAAAAAUUUAUGAUAAUAUAAAUAUGGAUGAGUACAACGUAAGAAAUGAAAAUCAAGAAUAUAAAGAUAAUGUAACUAAUUAUAAAGAGUUUAAAGAUGGUAACUUUGAGUGUUAUGAUGUCAACGAAUCGGUGCUUGUGCGGGAUAUUCACAUGGAACAAAAUAAUAAUGUGGAACAAAAUAAUAAUGUGGAACAAAAUAAUAAUGUGGAACAAAAUAAUAAUGUGGAAAAAAAUAAUAAUGUGGAACAAAAUAAUAAUGUGGAAAAAAAUAAUAAUAUGGAAAAAAAUAAUAAUAUGGAAAAAAAUAAUAAUAUGGAAAAAAAUAAUAAUAAUGAUGAUAAUAAUAGUAUCAUAGAAAAAGGAAAAGAGAAUAUAGAAAGUAUUCAAUAUGAUAUAAACUGUUCACAGAAUGACAUACAGUAUAAUAUGGCAUAUAAAGAUAAAUCAUUAUUAUUAUGUGAGCAGAGGGACAUGGACAAGGGGAAUAAAAAAGAAGACAAUACAAUUAAAAUGGAUGAUAUAAAUUUUUCAGUCGAUAUGGAUUGUUCCCCCAUGUUAAAAUAUAGGAAAAGAAAUUAUGAUAAUAAGAAUGACGAUGGUUAUGUUAAGAAUAACGAUGGUUAUGUUAAGAAUAACGAUGGUUAUGUUAAGAACGACGAUGGUUAUAAUAAUAAUGGGGAGUACCUUCAUUGUAGCGACAAUAACCUUAGUGCACAUAAGUAUAACAGUGUAAGUAGGAGAAGGAGACGGGUAGAUAGAAAUAAGGAGAGCAAUGAAAAAGAGAAACGGGUUUAUAGAAACGAUAUCAUGGAACUUGAAAAUGUAGAUGUGAUGCUUCUAGAGCGUAUAAAAAACAAUUAUAAGAUGCUUAUUAGAAAUGAUAACGAGAAUAAAAAAAAAAAAAAAAAAAACAAUGGAACGGUAACAAUAUUGGACGAUGUAGAUAAUGUGUAUGAUGUUAAUAAUAAUGAUAAUAAUAAUGAUAAUGUAGAUAAUAAUAAUGAUAAUAUAGAUAACAAUAAUAAUAAUAACAAUAAUAAUAACAAUAAUAAUAACAAUAAUAAUAACAAUAAUAAUAAUAAUGUUGAAAGUCAUAGCAAUAACCAUAGCAAUAACCAUAGCAAUAACCAUAACAAUAACAAUAACAAUAACCAUAACAAUAAUAAUAACAAUAACAAUAACAAUAAUAAUAAUAGUAAUAAUAACGAAAGGGGUAGUACAAAAAUAGAAAAGAGUCGUAAAAACAAAAUAACGUUUUUUAAUAAAUACAGUAAAUUACUUAAUAAUGAUAAUGUAGAUAAGAAAAAAAGCAAAUAUAUGCUUACUACCGAAUCAUUAUAUAAUAAUAAUUUUAAUAUUUUAGAUAUAAAAGUAAAUACUCAUUUUGCCCAUAAUUACCAUAUAUCUUUAUUUUUCUUUUGUAAAUAUACUUCAUAUAAUUUAUAUUUACAUCCAUUAAAUAAAAAUGAACAUAUAGUAUCUUAUGUUAUUUUAAAUUCAAAGAAUGAAGUGCUUACAGAUAAUGGGAAUUCUUUUGUAUUAAGAUAUUUAUUGUCAUUCUUAACAAAUAAAAUAUCUAGUUUAAGAAAAUGUUAUGCUAAUGCUUUAUAUAAUUCUUAUUUAUUACAGAUACCUAUACGUAUAUUUAGACAUAAUAAUUUAGAAAAUAAAUAUAGUCCACAUUAUGGUAUUAGAUAUGAUGGUAUAUAUAAAAUUAUUAAUGCUUUUACUAUAAAUGAUUAUUCAACUCCUGAAUAUAAAAGAGAUAUAUUAUAUGUAUUUAAAAGAUUAUAUGUUGAUAAAUGCUUUAUACCAAAUAUUAAUCCUAAAAUUCUUGAUGAUGAAGCUAAAGCUGAAAGAAAAAAAAAUUUUAUAGAAAAAAAUUCUGUUUCUAUUAAUGUUAUGAUGAAUAAAGAAAUAAUCAUGACAUUACGAAUACCUUAUUUAAAAAAUUAUAAAUCUACUACUUUUACAAAUUUUAAUCAUAUAUAUAAAUUUAUCAAAAAAAAAUGUAUCCAAAAAAAUAUCGCCAUGCCAUGGAUUCAUUCUGAGGUUACUCUAUAUGAAACUUGUAUGGAACAUAUUAAAAAAGCUGAAGAAAAAAAAAAAGGAAAUUUUUUAAAUAACACAAAAAGGAAUAAUAUAAAAACUAAUGUAAAUAAUACAAAUGAUGUAUAUAAUGAAAACAUGAAGAAUUGUGUUGAUGAUGCAUUCAAGGAUUGUAUACAAGCGAUAAAUGUUGACAAGUCUGUACAACAAAUUAAUGACGUUAGUUUUGAUAUGAAUGAUGGGAAUUAUAAAAUGAAGGAUAUAAAAAAAAAGGACUGUUCUGGUGUUUAUGAGAAUAUGUUUCCUCCAAAAAAUAAUAAUAAAAUUAAUAUUAAUGGUAAAAGCAAUAUGAAUAGUACCCAUUUUGGUAGUAGUAAUAAUAAUAAUUGUCAUAAUUAUAAAAGAUUGGGAGAUGCCAAUUUUCCAUAUUGGUGUCUAGGAAAAUAUCUGCCAUUUGUAUUAGUUCUAGAAACGUUAAAUUUUGAAAAAGAAAUCAAUAUAUAUAAAGGUAUAAGAACCAAAAAUUUGAAGAACCUCAAAAUAUCUAUAAUAAAAACAGAAAUCCCGAUAAAUUGUGAGAUGGCUAAAAGACCAGCUCAUUUAUUUAUACCUAUAAAAAGUAAAGAAGCAAUAUCAGCUUAUAUAGAAUUAAAAAAACCAUAUGAUAAUGAUUGGAACCCAUAUGAAGAUUUAUCUGGUGGUAAAGAGAUUUUUAAGAUUCCCGUUGAAAAUGUUGUAGACGAAUCAUUACCUCCUAUGAAUUUUACUUAUGUUAAUAAAACUAUAUUUUUUUCACGAUUGCCUCCUUAUAAUUUAUUGCCUUUAUGUUCUGGUUGUGCUCCCCAUAAUUAUAAUAAAAAGGAAUAUGUAGAUCUUUAUAUUAAUGGAUAUUGUAAAGGUGUAAGACAUAAAAAAACAAAUAGAAUAUAUUGUGAUGGAAAUAAGAAUUAUGAUAUUAAUGAUUUUAAUGUCUUAGCUGCCUGUUCUGGUAAUUGUUUAUGUGAUCCUUUAAAAUGUACAAAUAAAUUUCCCGAAGGAUUACAUUAUCCUAUAAAAGUUGUAAAAACAAAAGAUAUUGGAUGGGAUAUAGUCUCUUGUUCAUUUAUUAAGGCGAAUUCAUUAAUUAUGCAUUAUGUAGGAGAAAUAACUACAAGAAAAGAAAUGAUAUCUAGAGAACAUGAAUAUGAUAAAAAAGGGUAUUUUAAUUAUUUUAUUGAAACAGCUGAAGUUGAUGAAACAUAUCCAGAUGAUUGGAAAAUACCAUGUAUUGAUGCUCUAUUCAUAUCUAAUGUUGCUCGUUUCUUAAAUCAUUCUUGUGAACCUAAUGUUAAUGUAAUUACUAUAUGGAGAGGUGAUAAUUAUCCAUCCGUCGGUAUAUUUGCAUCAAGAGAUAUACAACCAAAUGAACCCUUAAAAUAUCACUAUGGAAUUAAUUAUAAAAAUAUUAAGUGCAUGUGUGCAUCUAAGAAGUGUAAGGGUUACAUAGGUUGA